AUGGCGAUGAAGAAUCUACUGUCCUUAGCUCUCCGAUCUCAGAGGCGAUGGUCUCUGAGACAAGCGGUGCGAUGUUCCUCUUCGAUUUCAGCCGUCGAUUCGGCAUCUUCGGCGGCUCCAUCAUCCCCUGCGCCGCCGGUUCUCAUGCCGUACGAUCAAGCGGCGGAGAUCAUGAAGAACAACAUCAAAAGGCUCGACAAUCCGGAGCAGAGAUUCCUCAAAUACGCAUCGCCGCAUCCGACCCUGGCUUCCCACAACCACAUCUUAUCAGCACCGGAGACUCGCGUCACAACCUUGCCCAAUGGUCUGCGAGUCGCUACCGAAUCCAAUCUCUCCGCCAAGACUGCCACCGUCGGAGUCUGGAUCGACGCCGGAUCGCGAUUCGAGUCGGAUGAGACCAACGGAACGGCUCAUUUCCUGGAGCAUAUGAUCUUCAAAGGCACGGAGAGGCGUACCGUGAAGGCGUUGGAGGAAGAGAUCGAAGACAUUGGUGGUCAUCUCAAUGCGUACACGUCGAGGGAACAGACCACUUACUAUGCGAAGGUGAUGGAUUCGAAUGUGAACCAGGCUUUGGAUGUCUUGGCCGAUAUCUUACAGAAUUCUAAGUUUGAAGAGGGGAGGAUUGAGCGGGAACGAGAGGUCAUCCUCAGGGAAAUGCAGGAGGUUGAGGGACAAACCGAAGAAGUGGUUCUUGACCAUUUACAUGCCACCGCAUUCCAACACUCACCUCUUGGAAGAACUAUUCUGGGACCUGCUCAGAAUGUCAGGUCAAUCACCAGAGAGGAUCUUCAGAAUUAUAUUAAGAAUCACUACACCGCUUCCAGGAUGGUGAUUGCUGCUGCAGGAGCUGUAAAGCAUGAGGAAGUUGUUGAGCAAGUGAAAAAGCUAUUUAACAAGUUGUCAUCUGAUCCAACAUCUACUUCUCAACUUGUUCUCCAAGAGCCUGCUAGUUUUACAGGUUCCGAGGUCCGGAUGAUUGAUGACGACCUACCCCUUGCACAAUUCGCUGUUGCCUUUGAGGGAGCAUCUUGGACAGAUCCAGAUUCUAUUGCUCUUAUGGUGAUGCAAACUAUGUUGGGUUCAUGGAACAAAAAUGUCGGCGGUGGCAAACACAUGGGUUCACAUCUGACCCAGAGGGUUGCCAUUAACGAAAUAGCGGAAAGCAUAAUGGCAUUCAACACCAACUACAAGGAUACUGGACUGUUUGGUGUCUAUGCAGUUGCUAAGGCGGAUUGCUUGGAUGAUUUAUCAUAUGCAAUUAUGUAUGAGGUCACUAAGCUGGCCUACAAAGUCUCAGACGAUGAUGUGACACGUGCACGGAAUCAGCUGAAAUCAUCGCUUUUGCUUCACAUGGAUGGAACCAGCCCAAUUGCAGAGGAUAUUGGUCGUCAGCUACUGACCUAUGGGCGUAGAAUCCCAAUCGCUGAACUCUUUGCUAGGAUCGAUGCUGUUGAUGCCAGCACUGUUAAACGUGUUGCCAACAAAUAUAUCUAUGACAAGGACAUUGCCAUCUCAGCCAUUGGUCCGAUCCAAGACUUGCCUGACUACAACAAGUUCAGACGCAGAACCUACUGGAACCGUUACUAG